GUAGCCCCACUUCCUCGUGGAACCGCCUCAGCGAGCAUAAUUUCCGCGUGCCCAGCAAGAAGAAAAAAAAAACGCGGGCAGUGCGAGAGCCUGUCAGCCCCCGAAAUAGCUCCUUUGCGGGAGUCGGACAGCCGAUCGAGCGCGUUGUUCUCACAAGCGGCGUGCGCCGCCGCUUUCUCCAUCGUCAGCCUGUGCGGUAACAAGCACUAUUUCGGGGCCCGCUUUUGCCCGAGUCGCUGAGGAAAAUACGUUGCGCGCGUAAUUUCCAACGCCACUUGUUCUAUCUGGAAGCAGGGAGAGGGCGUACUUGUUGCGUGGACCGGCGGUUUGAUCUUGUGUUACGCGAGGUCUUUCCUCGAGCGGCAGCGAAGUGUUUGACACUGCCCCCGUUCAGACGCGUUUCUUUUUUUGCGUCGUGUGCUUCGCGUGUCCCGGAAACUACUGCGCACGACUUUGUGUAGUUGUUCUGUCCACUGCCGAUAAUCGUUCUUCGACGCGCUGAAUGUCGCGGAGACCGGAAGGCGCAAACGCGGAUAAAUUUACCAACGCGAGAUAGCGUUUGUGAACCGCUGCGAACAUGACCGAGCCCCUCCCUAAUCGGGGAGCAUGAUCGACCGCGCAGUUCGCAUCUAGCACUUUACCGCCAGCGGCCUUGUAGUGCGAUCUUGGCCGAAGGCAGCAGUGUGACAUUUACGGGUGAAAUGUCGUGGUUCACGGAAGGCUGGCGGAAGCGCUGACCGAGUACAACUUUACGCGUCCGCACAUAUCGAAAGACGCUGUUUUCGCUUGAUGUAAUUUAUCCGCCAAACCGAGUGCACGCCGCAAACUUGCGAUUUCACUGUUGUUCAUUGAAAAUGUGUGGCUUUCGUGACCGAAUCGCGGAAUCUUACCUUUGGCAUUUGUAAGACAACAUAUUAUCGGCGACAUUUUGGCAGAUCUAACUCGCCUCUAGGACGUUGCAGCAAUGAUUUACUCGCGCUUUGAGCGGGUAGAAUGCGAGAAGUGGCGUCGGAGUGCCGCUCUGGUUAACCAGUUGAACAGCUAAAGUGAAAAUAAUCUUGACUAAUAUGUAACGGGGGAGUGCGCGGCGCUGCUUACUGCCACGUGUGCUGUAGCGAUCAAAGAAAGUGUGGUCAACAAAAUAUAAAAUGAAUCGGAGGAGGAGGCAUGAGGUUUUCAUCACUAGCUCAAAGGAGCGCAGGACCAGGACAUGAAUCGUCAUGGCGUGGACUCUCAGACGUGUCCUCAAGCGCCGAAAUGUUGUCGCCGCGCUCUUCCUGUUUGGUCUGUUCUACAUGUUGCGGCAACUGCUGUCGCUGCGCGAAGUUGACGUCAGCAUUGCCUCGCUGAGAAGUCGCAGCUCCUCUGUUGCUCCCGCUGUCAGUUCCAGUACGUCAAGGUCGGCAGUGGCACCACUCGCGCAGGUGGAGUUUCCUGCUCACGGAGUUCGUGGUGUAUCGCUACACGACGCCGCAAGCUAUGUGCCAGGAAAGACCUUUAAGUGCCUGCGCAGUUCGGGUGUGAUAAGCUACAACCAGGUGAACGAUGACUACUGCGACUGCAAGGAUGGCUCAGACGAACCAGGCACCAGUGCCUGUCCCAAUGGAAGGUUCUAUUGCCGGCGGCACAAUACACGCAGUCCCAAGUAUGUUCUUUCCAUGCGUGUCAACGAUGGCAUCUGUGAUUGCUGUGAUGGCAGUGACGAGUGGAAUGACGCCCUCCUCCUGUCCAGCCUGCAGCUCUCUGACGAGCAGCAAGCUCGGGCGGGUGUGUUCCAAGCACCAUGCAAGGACCGCUGCUGAUUGUGACCAGCAGGCCUGCCACAAAUUCAAGCCUGCCGCUGUCUUCUACCUUGAUGGUCUUUGUACGCCACAGUCGCUGCACCACAGAUAGUGUGCCACAGCAUAGUAGGGCUUGCGAGCUAGUCGAUUGUGUGUGUUUCACAUUUGAAAGUAAGCACGAUACUUGACGCAUGUGCAUGAAGUAGAAAACAAGAUGCAUUGGUGACACUUUUUCCAUGAUUGCCAGUGAAAAGAAAGUGCAGACAGUCAAUUUGCCUGGUUGCAGCAAGGAGCUUUUCUCAGGGUCGCUCAUGGCCAUUGCAAAAUUGGCAGCUUGUUUCUGCUCAGAAAAGCGCUUGGCAGGGUGUCCGUGAUUGAGCUAACUAGCACAAGUGGAGUACCUGGCUACUUGGAGUAAUUAAGGCUGUGUUAAAUGUAACGUGCAAAGCAAUUGACAUUCUCUGUAGCAUGCCAUGUGAAAUCUGAAAACAGCUCAAAGCUCUGUGCCUACACAGCCUGCUGGUGGCAUACAUUUGCAGCAAUGCCAGCAACACUCCCUUACUGUUCCUGCCCUUUCGAAAAAGUUGUCUCAGAUAACCUAUGCAACAUUCUUACCUAUGCAUCGUCCUUGCACUUUCUUUGUACUUUAUUUGCAUUUUCUUUGUACUCUUUGCUGGUUGGCUCUUGGUCGGCAGUACAUCUUGUCUCCUAGCUUCUUUAUGCACGUGCUGAAGCCUCAGAGUGGAUGAAAAUGUCUUGGUUGCUGAACUGGACUGGAGUGUGAAAUUGUGUGAAAGUGGCUGGACAUUGUCGGGAUUAUCCAUUUUGUGGGCGACUUCACUUUUGACCUCUUAUUCCUUCCUUCCUUUCUUUUUAUUUUACUUGGUAACUGCUUCCUUGUCUAGCAGGGUAAUUUCAAACGAGGCUUCCAGCUGGAUAGUUUCACACAGAGCUUCCAUCUGCUGGGUGUAACCCAGCUGCGAGGAGAAUUCAUCCCGGCAGCACCUGAUUGUGCAGACUGUGGUGCACUGCAGAAUCUUUCCAUUGGUCGCAGGCUGCUGACUUUUUGGUCAAGUGUCUCUUUUUAACACAAAUCGCUAACAGCUGUUAAAGCUGUCUUGGGUUCACCUCGAGAUCUGUACAAAUUUCUUGACAGUACUACCUUUGUAAAAGGCGGCGAACAAGGAAUUUAUACCAACUCUGAAGUGUAAAUCUUGCUGCUUUGGCAUUGCUUAGUUAUGACGUACUGCAGUAGUACUGGCAGCUUAGUCCUAAUGUGGUGUCUUGGGUGGGAAUGCGGUGAUGUGCUGAGAGCGAGUACUUAUAGGGGUUGCAGUUUGUGCGAGACACUCAGAAACACAAGCUGGUCCCAGUUAGGAUGAGAGCGACACAUAUAGGACCUGUGUUAGAGUAGAAAGGCUAGUGUUGUGAAGCAGCAUGAUGCAGCAGCGUGCUGCAAAAGUGCCCGCUUUCUUUCAUUACAAGAAAGCUAGAAAGGUUUCCAGUGGAAAGCACCGAUGUGGUCAGAAGGGGGAGACGACACACGACAGUGGUGCAUUGUGUGUUGUCUUCUCUUCUUUUCAUGUCAGUGCUUUCUGCUGGAAACCUUUCAUGCAAUGUGCAACCAAAUGAUGCUCAGGCAAACCUUAGUGUUCUCGUGUUCCUUUCAUUGACGAGGAAAAAGAAUGCUUGCAGAAGCGGUGGGCAGCUUCAAUUUCUCACUUCCGGCACUUCCAUUGGCACUCAAUUUUGUUCUCAAUUUACAUGACAUUCUUCUCUGUAAACUGAUAUGUUGUGCUAUAGUGGCAUAAUGACGGUACGGGGAUCCGUCCAGACUUGGCAUUUCCCUGUCUUUUGACAGGGGAUGCACGCUCUGCCGCUCGAUGGAAGAGCAGCCCAUGGACGUGUGAGAAGGUGGAGGUAAUGCUGACAAGUUUUGCUCCCUCAAGCAAUAGCUGCGGCGCAUGCUCCAUUGGCAAAUGGUGAAAUGGUACGCAUGACAUGUCUCGAAUGGUUGCACAUUACGUCCUCACACUUAAGUUCCCUUGCUCACAAAGGACAACUUAAAAAAAGAAGAAGCAUACUCAUCAUAGAACAUCGAAAAAGUUUUCUUUAUGUGUAUAUAAAUCACUAUGUUUUGUUUAAAUUUUUGACAAGUCCAGCAUCUGAAAAUAUGAAGUUUUUAAAAGAUCAUUGCAACUGAUGGCAGUGAAAAAAAAAAAUAGCACAACAGCCUCGUGCAUAUCUGGCGUGCAAGUUGGGCUGAGUGCAAGCUCUCCUUGAAUGACGAGACUAGCAGUUCUAUUUGUAAACUUGCUUUGUCUUCUUAUAUUGACUGUAUGUGUAUCAAUGAGCCUGGUGCUGUGUGGUGGGCUCAUAACUUUGUUUUAAUGUCACCGCGAGUAUUUUAAGGCUCCAUUUCGCACAUUAUCUAGAGUUUCCAUAGCUGCUGUUGGCGUAGCCACAGUUGCCGAGGUCACCGUCGCUGUGGCUACAGUUGCAUACUUGCGUUCACUCACGCAGGGCUCCCUUGUACCUUUUAAAUUUCUUUUAUCGUAGGAGAUGCAACACUGUAUGGGGAAAUGGUACACCAACCUCAGAUGUCAGCAUUGCCUUGUGAUAGCACUGUGUACACGACACACAAAGUGGACCAAAUAGACUGCGCAUCAGAAGCAGAGGGCUGCCAUACCUGUAGGGCAAUCUAACUUCAGUCUCCAAGGUUGUGGAGUUUCUCUCAGUACAUGGAAGCAGCUGUGCGUCAAAGCAGACACAUAGCUCAACAAAGCAAGCACGUUGCAAUGGCACUGCAUUUCGUUUUGUAUGGAUUCUAUCAAUGUCUGGUGACGUCCCUGAAUGCAUAGUCGUGCCAGUCAUUUCACUACAUUUAGUCGUGCUACUUUGUUCCGGUUAUUUACUACGGGUCUUUGCCCUCAUCGUCUUUCCACUGGUCCGGGGAUGGUGCACUCUGAAGCUAUUGGUACCGGUUCCAAUUUUAGUUUUCCAGUCAUCGAAAUGCUUUUUCUUUUUGUUACUUGUUAGAGCUCAGUAUUAUUGUCUGGUUGCAUGGUUGGGCCCGUUCUUUUUUGAAAUCCCCAUUUUAUAUACUUACCAGGCUCGUGAGAUUUCAGUACCUGUGAUUGUAUAUAAUGAUGCCUCAUAUUGUUUCACAAGCAGUGUGUGGACAACUUCCAGUAGAGUCACCAAAUUUAGCACUGGUAUUGAAUGACUGUGUGUGCACUGUGAAAUAAAUGCCUCACAAUAAAGUUACCUGCCCGUC